AUGACUUCUGGACAAUACACGGCGUUUGUGUCUCAUAGAGGCGUACCCGAGCACACCGGGAUGCCGCUUGGUGCAAAGAAUUCGGCCAUACUCUUGCGGCAGGUUAUGGAUCGGGUAUUUGAAGAGACAUAUGCCGGUGUUUGUAGGCAAGAUUGUUGGUAUGGCAGGCAUGUGAAGAAUGUGGACGAAUUCGGCAGCAAGGAAUUGGACGAAUGUCAACAGAGGUGGGACACACGAGAAAGGGAGCUGUAUGCUACCCGUUAUUCACGGAAAGGUGACAAGACUACUUGUGUGUGCUCCUUUUACGAAAAAGGCUGA